AUGUUUCGUCAUUUUUUUUUGUUUAUUUACGAUGAUUAUUUUCAGAUUCAUUUUAGAAUCAUAAUAACAACAGUUGGAUCGUAUCGUAUCUAUGUUUUAGUAUAUGGUGGUCAAAUUCAUGAAAAUGUGAAAAUUGAUGUUAAAGAAGAACGCGGUCUUUUUGCAACUGAUACUAUUGAAUCUUAUGCUGCUCUCGUUACUGUACCCCGGUCAUUAAUAGUCAACAAUCAACAUUCUGAUUUAUCGAUUUUUAGCACGGACACGGAACGGCAAGGUCUGAUGAUGUUUCUCAUACGCGAAUAUAUGAAGGGCGAUGCAUCAUUUUGGUUUCCUUGGAUAAAACUUUUAAAUAUUGAUAAAGAAGCUGAUGAAUUAUUAAAAAUAAAAAUGCAUCUAUUCGAUUGUGUAGAACAUAGUACAUUGGGUCAAGCAUUAACAGCUCGAUAUCAGCAACUUCAAGAAGAAUAUCAACAAUUAAAUUUCAGUGAAACAAAUUUUGAAUUAUUUUGUGCUGUUGAUCAUCUUGUUUGGUCUCGAGUACUUGAUUUACCUGAAAGUGAACCUCUUUCAUUAGUGCCGUUUAUCGAUUUUGCUAAUCAUAGUUUAAAUGCUAAUGCACGUUGGUUUCUUGACGAUGAAACACGUAAUUUAAUUCUUCGGUCCGAACAAAUAUUAAAGCCAGAUGAAGAAAUUACAAUUAAUUAUGGAUUAAAAUCCAAUGAAGAAUUAUUAUAUUUAUAUGGUUUUACUCUAUCCGACAAUCCAAAUGAUCGUGUUACGUUACCAGUUAGUUUACUACCUGAUGAUGUUCUACUUGCUGAUAAACUACGAUUAAUUCAAGAAUUAAAUUUACCUCCACGAUUGACUUUAAAUUUCAAUGGUCAUCUUAAUGAACAAUCAAAUCGUUUAGUAAAAAUUUUAAGUGCACAAACGCAUACGACUAUUGAUACAGAAAAUGAAUAUUAUAAACCGUAUCUUCUCAAUCUAUUUAAUGAAUAUCUUAACGAAUUGAACGUGUGUUCUGAUGAUGAGAAAUUUAUUAAAUAUUAUCUUGAUAGUCAAAAAUUCAUUGUUAAAAAAGCGAUAGAUAAUUUGAAAUAA